AUGUGGGCAAACUCUGUUCUCAAAUGGGCAGAACAAACAUUGGAAACUGUGGAUAGAAGCACAGCAGGAGCAUCUAAAAAACUGACAACAUUGGGGAAAUUGGAUGAUGAUUCGGAAAGUAGAAUUGAUUCUUCGGUUCAUGAAGAUGAAUCAAAGAAUGUUGAUCACUAUAAAUCAUCGGAAGAAGGUACUGCAUUUGUUACAGCAAAUCAUACUGCAUUAACAUCAACAACAAAUAGUGUUGCUGUUGAAAAUGUUAAUUUUGAUAAGAUCAGAGAAGAGGCGGAGGAGGAAUUGAUGAAUGAAUUCUUCAAGAAGAGUGAAUCGGAAAGAUUGGAAGAAGCCUUGCAGUUUGUAAAGGAUUGUGCAAAUUCAUCAAUUAUUGGAGAAACUACUGUCCAAGUGGAAGGAGAUGAAACUUUGAAGCAAAAUCAAGAAAUUUCCAAUGAGAAAUCAAUUGUUACUCUCUAUGAUCAAGUGAAGAAAGUUGAAUACUUUAACAAGAAUUUAAAAGAACAUUUCGACAAGUUAACUUCUCAAUCAAAACAUUCACAACGUUAUAAUGCCGAAUCACAGAAUAGAUUGGAAGAACAAGUUUCAAGACUUUUGGAAGAGAAAGUUAAAACAGACACAGAGUUAACAAAUACACUCAAUGAACGUGAUAAACAAGCCCAAAAGUAUCAAUCGAGGGUUGAUGCACUAGUAGAGCAAAUGAAAUUGAAAGAUUUAUUGAUUUCAGAAAUGCAAGGAGAAAAAGACAUGAUGGCAAAUGAGCAAUUAAGAUAUGAAAAAUCAACUGCUGAAGAAAUUACCAAACUGAAACAACAAAUUGAAGACCUCCAAAAUCAACAAAAGGAAAAUAAGAAAGAGGAAAAACAAAUCCACAAAAAGAUGGAAGAAUUGGAACAUAAACACCAAGAAGCUGUUAAAAAGCUUAAAGAAGAAUACUCUGAAUUGGAAUCUACUCUCAAUGAGAAAUUGGAUGAAAUAUCUAGAUUGGAAUCCAAUAUCAAGUUGAAAGAACAAGAAUGGCAAGCUAAAAAUCAAGAAUAUUUGGAAUACAAGAACAGAGCCGCCAAACUCUUAUCUGUGAGAGACAAACAAAUCGAAGAAUUAAAAAAGUCUGGAACCGAAUCAGGUGAUAAAAAGGAAGAAACUGCUACAGAUGACGACACUGAUUUAAUGAAUGCCUUGGAUAAAGAGGACAUGCUCUUGGAUUUGGAAAACUUGAAAGCUGAUAAUCAAGAACUUCAAUCACAAAUUGAGCUGAUGAAAAAGCAACACGAAGCUGAAAUGAAUACACUCAGAUUCAAAUUGAAAAAUAUGGAAAAGAAUCUUGAAAAAGAGAAACAGUUGAGCGCUAAAUACCAAGAAAAUAUAACCUCAUUGAAACUUAAUUUUGAUGAAAUGAAGCAUCAAUAUGAAAAUGAAAAGAAGCUCAUUAAAGAUCAAUUGAAGGAGAAGAAGGAAGAAAUUAAUCAACUUCAAAAGCAACUCAAUCAAGCCAAAUAUAAUAAUUCAUCCAAUCAAAAUGAGCUUGAACUGAGAAAUAGAGCCAUGGCUGAAAGACUCAUUGAGAAACAGUCCCAACUCGAAACUGUAAACAGUGAAAAAGCAGCCAUCCAACUUGAUUUGGAAAAAUGUCAAUUGAAGAUUAAGGAACUUCAACUGAUAGCUCAGGUUACACCAAUUUCUAGAAAUUAUGCCGAUGAAGAAUCACCAUUUGAUAAUGAAGCACCAUCGGUUUCUGUAAAAUCAGAUAGAUUCUUUAGAGAUUUAUCAAAGAGAGGUUUUGUUGCCAGGCGAGUGGCUCAUGUUAUGGCCUUUAUUGAUUCAUUUUCAAUUUCAACUGGAAGUAUUUUGAGAAGAUUACCACUUUUGAGAAUUUUACUUGUUAUUUAUAUUAUAACUCUUCACAUAUGGGUCUUUUACAUUUUAUCCCAUUUGGCUCAUCUCUCUCAGUAA